AACAAAAAAGGAUGUUAUUUUACACAUAGAGGAACAAAUUUUUAAAGAUUUUUUGAAAUUACAGUGCGAUUGUCACUACCUUUUUUAUUUAUUACGAGGAGCUUUGGUUUAUGUUUAAUAUCUUUAUUAGUGUUUAAGUGUGCACAACUGCUUAAAGCAUCUGCUCAAUUCAGUGAAUAUAAAAGCAUAUCCAUAUCUUUUAACGGCAAUGUAGCAACUAAGCUUGAGAAGAAACCAUGGCUACCCAACCUCUCAUCAUUUGCGUUCUUUUGGCCCUCGCUUUGGGUGUAAAUGCAAAGAUAUGUCCGUCGCCGUUUACACAAGUUGGCAACAAAUGCUACCACGUGUCUUUACAAAAGGUUAACUGGCACGUUGCUGAUCGUAGCUGUCGAAAACUGGGAGGCGAACUAAUGGUGCUAGACAAUCAAGAGGACAAACUUCUCACAACCGAAUAUCUGAAGAGCUUGGGACUAUCUUUUACCAAAACAUGGCAUGAUUCCGUUUGGGCUGGAAUCAAUUGUCUAGGAAACCGUCGGAACUUCAAGUUGUCAAAAAAUGGAGACAAUGUGACAUUCAUCGACUGGGUACCCUAUCAACCAGACAACUCUACUCCUGAAGAAGAUUGUGUGGCUUUUGCCAACUAUAAUGGGGCCUACGGGUAUCACGAUAUAGAGUGCAAAAUCGAGUUUCCAGUGGUUUGUCAAAAGGAUUUUGCCGAGGAGUAUUUAUGCCUGAAGCGCGAGCUCUUCUUAGAGGCCCUUUUGUAAAAAAUAUAAUAAAUAGUAUAUUUCGAUAGACCGAUCUAAAGAA